AUGGAUGAAUAUGAUGAAUCGGAGAUGUUUACUAGUUCGGAGUAUCAGGAGAAUCCCGAUCGAGCAGCUCUUAAGUUCUUAUGCGGUGGCUAUACGCGAGUGGUACACACAAUCUCAGAACAUCGAGAGAAAUUUGACUCGAUGGAAUCGACGCUUUUGGAGAUGAAACAGACCUUAUCGCAACUCUCGAAUCAGCUUGGGAAACGGCCGAUACAAGCUGAAUCGUCUCAUCAAGCUCCUCAGAUUGAGAUGCCUGUGUUUGAUGGUUCGAAUGCUUAUGAGUGGUUAUCUAAAGUAGAACGGUUCUUCCGUGUGGGUCGAUAUUCGGAUUUGGAUAAACUAGAUCUGGUUGCUCUGAGCUUAGAAGGAGACGUAUUGAAAUGGUUUAAUUGGGAGAUGACGCGUCGUGAGUUUCGUUCGUGGGAAGAGUUUCGACGGCGGUUGUUCUUGCGUUUUGGAGUUGCUAGGGAGGAAACUCCGGGGAAUCGCUUGUUUGCGAUCAAACAAACAGGAACUGUGUCUGCGUAUGUUAUGGAGUUUGAAGAUCUAUCAGCACAAGUUCUUGGUUUGGAUGAUUCUCACUUGGAACAGAUCUUUUAUAAUGGAUUGAAGCCAGAGAUGAAGGAAGUUAUGAAGAUGAAGGAACCAGUAGGGUUAGAUAAUCAAAAAGCUGCGGUGUUAAGGAUGGAGACUAGUUUGUUCUGUCAACUGUUAAGUGACAAAACAACCAAAUCAGUUGUCACACAUAAACCGUUUACCUCUAAACCGGUGGUGACUUACACGCAACCACGUCCGUUGCUGUUACAGAAUGGUGGUGGUGGUGCUGGUCAAGCUGUGGCACUGCCAAAUAAUCAGCAGCCUACUAUACAACCUCGACAGCGGCACACUGCAGAAGAACUUGAUGCUAUGAGAAGUAAGGGAAUUUGUUUUAAAUGUAAAGGGAAGUAUAGUCGUGGACAUGUGUGUCCUCUUAAGGAAUUACAAAUUCUGACUGUAGUGGAGGGAUUCGAGUUGGAAGUGUUGGAUGAGGAGUUAGUAGGUGGAGAAGUUGUGCAGUUGGGCCAGGAUCCGGCUCUGUGUUGUUUGUCUCUUAAUUCUUUCAUUGGUCGUCACUCUCCUAAAACUAUUAAGUUGGUUGGUUGGAUUGGUAAAUCUAGAGUGGUGAUCAUGAUUGAUUCCGGAGCAUCUCACAAUUUUAUUACGCCAACAGUGGCUACUAAGCUGCGUCUGAAAAUCUCGAGAGAUGACAACUUGGAGGUGUUGUUGGGAAAUGGUGCUUCUGUUCAUGGAACUGGCACGUGCAGACAGGUUCACUUUCAAAUAUUAGGAACUACGUUUCUGACUGAUUUUGUGGCAUUGGAGCUAGGGGGUGUAGAUAUCAUUUUGGGAAUUCAAUGGUUGGAGAUGUUGGGACCGUGUAUGGUAGACUGGAAGAAGCAAGAAUGGGUUUGUGAAUACAAUGGGAAGACUGUGAAGUUUGUUGGUGACACGUCUCUACAUGCUCCUCCCUUAUUACUGAAAUCCUUUGCUGUGCCAACCUCUCAAAGAUCGUUGGAGCGAGAGCUGAAGGCAUUGCCGCCGGUACAGUUUUCUUCAACGGAGACUAAUAUACCAGUGGUGAUUACCCAAGUAUUGGAGAAGUUUGCUCCGGUGUUUGCUUUACCAACAGGGUUACCUCCGUUGAGAGGUCAAGAACAUGCCAUUGUUCUUAAACAAGGGGUUCAAUCUAUUACGGUUCGCCCUUACCGUUAUCCCCAUGCUACCAAGGAAAUUAUGGAGAAAUGGUAG